AUGAAACUGUUCGUAUCUUCCACCCAUUUUUCUAUUGGAGAGUCAGUUUUUCCAUUUUCUUUUGAAUUGUCUUCAAACUUUCGUAGGAGACCCGGGUUUGAUCCCUGGGUUGGGAAGUUCCCCUGGAGAAGGAAAUGGCAACCCGCUCCAGUAUUCUUGCCUGGGAAAUCCCAUGGACAGAGGAGUCUGGUGGGCUACAGUCCAUGGGGUUGCAGAGGGUCGGACAUGACUGUUCACCUCCAGCAUUUCCCUGAAACCCCUCCUUUUGAGGUUGCUGUUUACCUCUGCUACCCCACGUGA